GAAAGGAAGAAUAGGAUGAACUCCCACUUCCUGCUUUGAAGGCUGGAACCCUUUAAAAGCCCAGCUUUGCGUGCUGUGUUGCAGCUCCAUCAUGGCGUCAGAGAAGAAGCUUGUGGUCGUCGGCCUCCUUGUUUUUGCCUUCUUCUCUCAAGGGGAGGGCAUCAUCGGGGGCAGAGAGGCAGCGCCCCACUCUCGGCCCUACAUGGCGUCCAUCCAGGUGGCCGAGGGCGACAGGAUGAAGCAUGAAUGCGGAGGCUUUGUAGUCGCCGAUCAGUGGGUGAUGACGGCCGUGCACUGCCUUCCAACCGGGGCCAACGGUAGGAAGGUGGUGCUUGGUGUUCACUCUCUGAGUCAGGAUGAAGACACCAAGCAGACGUUUGACAUCAUGGAGCUUCACAACCAUCCCCAGUUCGACUCGUCCAAUUACGACAACGACAUCUCUCUCAUUAAAUUGGACCGGUUGUUCAACGCCUCGGACGCCGUCAAAGCCGUGGCAUUCCUGCGUGCGGGUGGUGCCAACCCCGACACGGAUGCCGCGGUUGAUACGGCCGGCUGGGGGUCCCUGGACAACUUGGGCUCUCGGCCCGACAAGCUGAAGGAGUUGGUGGUAGAGGUGGAGGACCCGGUACUGUGCAGGCGCAGCGACUACUUUGGCAGAAAGUUCACCGCCAACAUGAUCUGUGCUCACAAGGUGUGUGAGGACCCUUGUGACAAGCCUCACAAGAAGGAAGACACCUGUGAUGGCGACUCUGGGGGUCCCCUGCUCUACAAUGGUGUGGCGGUGGGCAUCACGUCGAAUGGCGGGAAGAAGUGCGGUCAACUGAAGAAGCCGGGGAUCUACACCGUCAUCUCACACUAUACCCAGUGGAUCGACGGUGUCAUGGGCCUUCAGAGCGACCCCUGAGGACCACCUUGGACACGCUACCUGCCUCCAAAUGCUCCGACGCGCCCGUCAUAUUUACUUUAAGCUUCAAGCACUCACCAUAGGAUAGUAAUUCCACCUUUAAGCUCCUGUUAAAGAAUCAAUAAACAUCUCAUCUGUUAA